UUGUUUCUUCUCUUAUUUAAUAAGUCAUGUCAGUGCUCAAACUCACAAGAAAUAUCAAUGAUUAGGGUGCCUCUGCCAUACCAUCACUAAGUACCCUUACAAUAUUCUAUCCAAUCAUCAAACCAACUCGAAAUAACACCAUGGUGUUUGAGUUACAAUGGCAGACCCAUUAUCUAUCUCAGCCAGCAUUGCGGGGCUCAUCACAUUAGCUGAUGUAGUCUUCCUACGGUUGAUGAAAUAUGUUAGAUCUGCGAAGAAUGCCGAGAAAGAGAUUGAAGACCUCACUAAGGAGAUAAACACGUUAGGGGGCACUUUGCACAGCUUAUCAACGCUAGCACAGUGCUUUGGCGAUAAGCCUGUGGAAAAUAGAACAUUUCGGAUGUACCAUAUCGAGGCAUGCAACGAUAUCUUAGCAAGCAUUCACAAGAAGUUGAAGAAGUUCGACAGCGACUCUUUGACGAAAAAAGCCAGAUGGCCAUUUACAUCGACACGAGUACAUGAAUUCCUCGAUGAAUUAUCGAGGCACAAACAGAGUAUCAAUCUUGCUCUGGCCGCCAAUUCAAUGGACCUCCUUCUACGUUCCCUAGCCCGGGAAGAAGAUCUCCAGAAGACAGCAUCGGAGCUCCAAGCCAGUGUCGAGAAAACCAAAGAAAUAGUGAGUCGUAUCCAUCGUAACGAGGAACAUGGAAAAAUCGAAAGCUUUUUCUUGAGACACAAUCCUCAACAGAAUUAUGAAAUGAGUCUCAAACUACGACAACCGAGAACAGGGCUGUGGUUGCUACGUCUGCCGAAUUUCCAAACUUGGCUUUCAACUCCAGACGAGAAGAUUUGGCUAAGCGGAAUACCCGGGGCAGGAAAGACGGUUCUGGCAGGUACAAUCAUCGAGGCCUCUCUAGCAAAAUGCAAUGAUAGCAUGGCUGGCGCUUUCUUCUUCUGCGACUACAAGGCCGAGAAAACCCAUUCGCCAGCUAAUAUUCUUGGUUCAUUAGCUUAUCAAAUAGCUAUCCAAAAGAAAGAGGCAUACCAAACAUUGGAGCAAUACUAUCGCGAUCUCCAUCCAUCAAAUAGCCUAUCCCGUGAUUAUACGAUAGGUGGGCUUGAGAGAGCUCUAAGGGAUAUGAUCAAAUUAUUUGAUCGGGUAUUCAUUACUGUGGAUGGGAUCGAUGAAUGCGGACAAAGCGUUGAGGAAGUCCUCGACAUACUCUGUGCUAUAUCUAAAGAUUCAGAUAACAUAUCGAUGGCAUUACUCAGUCGCGACGAACAUAAUAUCAGGGACAGGCUUGAAAAUGAUUUUGUAUGCGAAAAAGUUGCUGCACAUACAGAGGAUAUCACAGAGUAUGUGACAGCACAGAUUGAGAAGCGCAUGCGAAUAAGAAAGCUUCGUAUUGAUGACCUCGAGCUUAAGGGGGAGAUCAUGCAAGGGUUGAUAGAUGGUGCUGCGGGCAUGUUUCGAUGGGUUGCUUGCCAGCUAGAUCAUCUCGAACAAUGCGAUUCUGAUCAAGAAUGUCGAGAAGCCUUGAAAAAGCUACCUCCUAAUCUUAACGAAACAUAUCUACGAAUUCUGGACCGGAUAUCGACGAACAAGGCGCGAUGUGCCCAAUUGAUUUUACACUUCAUUGCCUUCGCGGACCCAGGCCUUACCAUUCAACAGCUGAGGGAGGUGGUGUCAGUUCCCGAAGCAGGGGGCUUUCUAAAAUCCAGUGGUGUUAUACACGAAAGUUCAAUCCAACGGCUAUGUAGUAGCUUGGUUCGGAAAUCGAAUGAUAAAAGGCGGUUUGAGUUUGCACAUUUCUCUGUCAAGGAAUUUCUUGAGAACGAGGCGAUCCUCCAAGGCAAAUUCUCGCAGUUUCUGAUAUCGAAGUCGCGGUGCAACAGACUGAUGACAAUCCAAUGCUUGAAAUACAUGCAACUCGAAAAUUUCAACCAUAUACCAGCAGCCACAAUGGAUGAAUUUUCAUAUAUGCAGAAAAGGAACAGAAACAACCCGUUUUAUGCAUAUGCAGCAAAACAGUGGCUUUUGUAUGCAAUUAACGAAUGGGUCGAUGAGGAGAUAAUCCACUUAGCGAAGAAACUAUUCAGUCGCGGAAAGACGGCGUUCUUCAGUUCCUGGAUCGUCGAGAUCAUGAUUCACAACUCCAAUGUCAGUGAAGAAAAGACUAUGGAAUCUAUAACCGAAGUUAAUUAUCGAUGCUUCACACCAUUUCAUGUGGCAUGCGCAAUGUCGCUUCCAAUCAUUUGCUCUCAUCUACUCGAUGAAGGCGUAGAUAUCGACCAAGAGAGUCCUAUUGGAACACCAUUGCAAUGCGCUGCUGGAUCUCUAGUGUCAGAUAAGGCAUUCGUAUAUUAUAUAUUUGGAGAAUACAUACGAAGGGUGGCCCCUACGUCGGCAUCACAAACCAUAAAUUCUCUACUGAAGGCCGGAGUGAACCGGUUUGGCAUCGCCUCCAGCUUUGGCAAAAACAAACGUCCACUUGAAAUUGCACUGGAAGCGUCACAAUUCAACAUUAACUUCUCAGUAAUCACACUUCUCCUUUUAGAGAGAUUUACCUUAUAUGAAAUUGACAUUAAGACACUUGAAAGUGUCUUGAGCAAGUGCCAUUUUUCGGAAGACUUUGACACUGGAACCCUCGAAAUCACUGUCAAGCAAUUCGUCAUGACUUUGAAUUCCAUGAUAGAAUUUUCGCCUCUUCAUCGAAAACUCUGCUCAGUAGUAUGGGACUAUGCUGUUGAUCAAGAAAUGAGUUUCAUAUCUGAUCUAUACCUAGUCGACAUAAGCAUUUCUCUUUCGCCAGACAUGCAAAAACAACACUUGAUCCAAGCUGUUAGAGAUGGAGACGUGGCAAUGUUCGAAAGAACCCAGAAGGAUUCUGGCCUCAAUGCAUCUGAAAUUUUAGAUGAGGAUGGUGAUCCAUUGAUAUACUCUGCAAUGUAUUAUCACAGAUCUCUCAAGAAUUGUCCGAUGAUUGAAACACUUCUCAAGGUUGGAUGCAGUUUCUUCCAAUCUGGCAGAGACGGGCUUCUGCCCAUACAUAAAUGGCUUCAUGUUGACACAGAGCCUGAUGAAGAACUUUUUAUCCAGUCUCUGGUAAAGGUUUUUAUUGACCAAGGAGUUACGGUUUGUUCCCAAGACAAUUUUGGGAGGAACAUCUUACACCUCAGUUGUGACAAACCCCAUCGCCUUUCAGCUUUUCUCAACUAUGAAAAUGAAGCAAACGUCGCUUGUGCACUACGCAUGGUAAGCCAAGAUGGUUAUACUCCUCUCAUUGAAGCAAUGAUGAGGGGUUUUACGAGAUCGGCAUCUUUGCUUUUUAUUCAAUGCAAAGGCGACCAAAAAGCAUGGCAAAGCCCAAUCCCAAUUCUCCUACUAGCUGUUAGAGAAAACAAUGAGGAUAUAUUCAGAAAUAUCUUUGACUCGGGAACUAGUUCCACUGAGUUUGCAAGCAACAGCUUAACUCCCCUUCAUCAUGUUGGAGCUAAGACAUCUCUUGGCUUCAUCGAAUAUCUCAAAUCUAUAUAUCCCAACGCAUGCAACGUACGUAUCAAGGGUAAAAUUCCGUUAAACGUCUACCUUGAGCAAGUUUUUAAUCAACAUGAUCGGGCGCAAUGUUUAAGCAUAGAGGUAAUCUCGGCACUCUACCCUAUGAAUUCACCAGAAAACGAGAGUAUUGUAUGGGAAUGUUUCACAAAAGACGUUAUUCAUCGUGCUAUGUCUCACCAGAUUAAUGAGGAGAAUCUGUACACAACAGUGAUAACAGAACUCAAACGACUGGGAUGUCUAACCUCAUAUGAAGCUAUUUCUCAGAGGUCGGCACUGUCUAUACUACUAGAGAGCAGUGAUGAUGAUUUUCAAGACAUGUAUGAUAUAUGGCCGAUUACAAACGAGAUCGCCUGUGAUAUCAUAAAUCACACAAGUCGGUGGCCAGAAAUUCAAGCAUCGCCCUUGAUAAUACGACUAUUCAAAGCGGCUACUAAAAGCAACGAUCACGAGCUAGUGUCACUAUUAUGUCAAAAAGGCGUGAGCGUCCACCAGCGAGUAAAGGAUCGUUCAGCAUUAGAAGUUGCGUGUCAGCAAUGUGUUCGAGACGAAACUUUCCAACUUCUCCUAGAUCAUGCAGACAAGAAACGACUAGAUGAAACUAACCCAGUGAACAACGGGCUCGGGCUCAUACAUUGCCUCGCUAUCCCAAGUGGAACUCGCAAGCUUACCGAGCUCCUACAGCGAGGUGUGAAUCCAAACCUUUGCACAGAGACUGCUCCGAAAUUAUCCGCUCUCUCAUAUCACCUAGGUAGAGACCUAAUUGGAUCCUCCAUGAUCCUGUUAAAGAAUGGCGCAGAUCCGACACAUCCAACCACUGAGGGCCAGGUCGAUGCAUGUCUAAUUGCUGCCUUGAAAGGUGCUACCGAUUUCUUAGCAGCUAUUCACCAAACAGUCACUUCGGAAUGGAGUCCUAAUUGGCAAAAACGUUCUAAUAUCAAUGCAUUCCUGCAAGGAAGAGUGUUGGUCAUAAGCGGCUGUAAUGCCCUUCACCUGGCGGCAGCUUCGGGACAGGUUGAUUGUUUGUCUUUCUACGUAGAUCGAGGUAUUUUCUCUGAUGUCAAUAUGACUACUGACUCCAAGUAUACACCUUUACAUCUUGCGGCUUUAGAAGGACGUACCGACACCAUCAAAUUUCUCAACAGACAAGGAGCUAACAUCAAUGCUCGAACAUCAACGGACGACCUACCAUUGCAUUUUGCUGUAAUGAAUAAACAUCUAAACGCCACUAAAGUUUUAAUCAGCCUCGGGAGUGACAACACAAUGAAUAAGUUGGGAAUGAGCCCAUAUAUGCAGGCUUGUCAACUCGAUGAACAAUCUUUUGUUGAAUGUUUUCAUGGAAGCGGGCAAGAACACAUCCCUCAUUGUAGUAACCUUACCGGCAAAGAUACCAUGGACGUCUCCUCCAAGCAAAAAUUAGGCCUCGCCGUCGCAUUAGAAGACGCUAUAAUGAUUGGGAACCCACGACUUUGCGACGUUUUACUCAGGAAGAGUUGUCAGCUAGAUGUCGAUGUCCCUAGCUGCAGUGGGUGUUCGCCUUUGCUUGUUGCUAUUCGGCACAGACAGAUAGACAUCAUUGAGCAAUUGCUGGCACGCAGAGCAUCAACUCUAAAAAAGGGCUGUCAAAGUCAUUUUGGUCUAGGCCCUAUACAUUGGAUAUUGAAAGACAAGGGCUUGACCAAAGUCAUACCGCUAUUUCUUGAAAGGUAUUUGAGUGAUGGGGGAGACCUGCUCAGUGAAGCUGCCAGUCCUGUGUAUACUGCAGUUGAACAUGAUAACUUAGAGGGACUUCAAAUCCUCCUUGAACAUCUACAGAAAAAUGCACAAUACUACACGAAUAAGGUACUGGGAAGGCACUUGACUACAGCUGUCUCAGGGGCUAUAAAUCAACGUGCCUACCAUCCAAUGAUGCCAUCACCGCUACACAUUGCAGCACGUAACGGCUUCUACGAGAUUGCAGAAUACCUUCUAGAGAAUGGUGCCAAUCCCAAUGCCCGGACAAAGAAUCUAAAAACACCCCUACACGAGGCAAUCUCAUCGAAAUCACAUAGGAUACAGGAUAUCGCCAAAACUCUCAUAAGUCACAAUGCCCACAUAGAUUGUCGCGAUGGACUCGGACGGACUCCGUUAAUGCAUGCCUGCAUAAAUCAGAAUUGGGAACUGGUUAAGCUUCUGCUCUAUGCUCAUGCAGACCCAAAUAAAUUAGACUAUAAUAUGGAUGGUCUACUUCACCUAGCAUGCUCCUCCCCUCGUCGUUCUAAGAUUCCUAGGGUUUUCAGAAACCUUCAGAUUCUAUUGCUUGAUCCCCAUCAUAAAAAUAACGAUGGGGUUUCGGCUAUUCAUAAGGCUAUGUGUUGUUAUCAGGAUGUAACGUUGAUCCUUAACGGCACCUGUGGAGUUCAAAGGACAAGUCCAUUUCCAUGGGAUGCAUUUCGUGCCGUGGAAAAUAUACCUUGGCUUGAAAGUGCAUUCACGAUGUUCCGAAGAAGAAUCCCUCCCGACACCUUGAGGGCGAUUGCAAACACCGAACCCAGUCACGGUUGGAGUCCACUUUGCAUGUCUGCAUCUGAGGGACGGCUAAAAGUGAUGGAAAAUCUUCUCGUCCUAGGGGCUAGUAUCGAGUUUGAAGGCUGUCCUGAUGGCACUGCGCUUUUGGCCGCAUGCUAUGCGGGACGAUUAGAGUCAGUCAUCCUCCUCGUACGCCGGGGGGCGGUUCUGUCAUACUUUGGUCCGAAUGGGUUUCGAACGGCCUUUGAUAAGAAUAAAACCCCAAAACGCAUACUCCAGUGGCUGCUGGUCACUAGGUAUACUGACCAGGGGAAGAUUAAGGAAGCACCUAACGAUAGUUCGUUCGCGGAGCCAGUUAUGCUUCGAUCCUGGAGCGGUGUCACAAAGGCGGAACUUGUUAUCAGUGAAAGUCUUGAGAGGCGUUCAGAGCAGUCGUCCAAAGAUUACUGGGCUUUUCUGAUGGAAGAAAAAAAGAAGUGGAGAGGCCGAGUUGUUCCAAUAGUUGACAGACGUAGAACGGUACGUCCAUCGAAACUGAUUCCCCUGGAACCAGUUCAUAUACAUCCGGAUGGCUACGAGAUACCUAAGGCGACAGAUUCUUCUAGGUAGUAAAGACCGGUGAUAGGCGUUGAAGAGAUGGCGUUGAGAUUUUGGAUUCGUGUUAUAUGGCGUUUGAUAUCAUUGGGAACGAUUUGUCAGCGACCGUCAUUAUUGUAGGGUUUCUCUUUGAGAUAUUGGCUUCAAUUAAUAAAAUAUCGGAUUAGAGGGGUUUCGGGCGUUUUGCGUUGAUCUUUCCUGCGUUGAUAGAAGUUUGUCCGACGUUAAGAGUCCUUGACAUCAAUAUGACGUUAACCAUAC